UGAUUCUCAUCCUCGUAAGGUCACAAUAAGCAAUACCUACGUGACUUCCCUACCAAGGCCUCUCCCCUGUAAAACCCUAAGACCACCAUUAACACCACAACAUUCAUCCUCACAACGAUAUGGACGCCUAUUGCUCGGACUGCAAGCGGAGCACGGAGGUCGUGUUUGACCACUCCGCCGGAGACACCGUCUGCUCCGAGUGCGGACUCGUCCUCGAAUCGCACUCCAUCGAUGAAACCUCCGAGUGGCGUACGUUCGCCAACGAGUCCGGCGAUAACGAUCCUGUGCGUGUCGGUGGCCCUACUAAUGUCCUCCUUAACGACGGCGGUUUAUCCACGGUCAUUUCGAAACCUAACGGCGUUACUAGCGACUUUUUGUCCACCUCGUUGGGCCGGUGGCAGAACCGUGGAUCUAAUCCGGACCGGAGCCUUAUUAUGGCGUUUAAAACGAUUGCUACUAUGUCUGAUAGGUUGGGCCUUGUUGCAACAAUAAAGGAUCGUGCUAAUGAGAUAUUUAAGAAGGUCGAAGACCAGAAGUCAAGUAGGGGAAGAAACCAAGACGCCAUAUUGGCGGCCUGUCUUUACAUCGCUUGCCGUCAAGAAGACAAGCCACGCACUGUAAAGGAAAUCUGUUCGGUUGCCAACGGAGCCACCAAGAAGGAAAUUGGACGUGCAAAAGAAUACAUUGUGAAGCAACUAGAACUUGAGAUGGGUCAGUCAGUGGAAAUGGGGACUAUACACGCUGGCGAUUUUAUGAGGCGCUUUUGUUCCAAUCUUGGCAUGACUAACCAGACCGUUAAAGCGGCCCAGGAAUCUGUCCAGAAGUCUGAACAGUUUGAUAUAAGGAGAAGCCCAAUCUCUAUAGCUGCAGCUGUUAUUUACAUCGUGACUCAACUUUCUGAUGAUAAGAAACCCCUCAAAGAUGUAUCACUAGCAACAGGUGUUGCAGAAGGGACAAUAAGGAACUCAUACAAGGAUCUGUAUCCUCAUUUAUCAAAAAUAAUACCGACUUGGUACGCCCAGGAAGAGGAUCUCAAGAACCUCUGCAGCCCGUGAAUAAUAAAUUUGAUUUCACAAGUUGUGAUGUUAAUACGCAUGAAAACAAACCAUCAUGGUACGCUUAAAUUCCAGGUUCAUGUCCUCAUCUUGGUCUCAAUCUGUGUCUGGGUUGGAGUCUGGUUUCGUUUGUGGAACUGUAUUUUUGUGUCAACAAAAGUCCACUGGAUAAUUUGAGUUGUCAACUUGUGAUGAUUUUUGUUAGUGUCAAAAUUUACUUUAGUUAUAUUGUAAUCCAGACCAACUUUAACUAACUAUAAUAAUAUAUUGGUUGUUAUCAAA